AUGGCCAAAAAAAAAACUAAAUUCAGCGAUGAUGAAACAGAUGAUAGAUCAGAUGGAGGUGGUGGAGAUAAUCAAAGUGAAGACGAUGAUGAAUUAGAAGAUGAUUUUGAAGAUGACGAAGAAUUAUUAGAUGAAGAUGAUGAAGAAUUAAUGGAUGAGGAUGAUGAAGAUGAAGAUAUUGGUAGUAUGGGUGGUGAAAUGGAGGAUGACAUUGGCAGCGAAAGUGAUGCAACAACCACAAGCAGACAAAGAGAUAUUAAAAGGGGUAGCAAAUUAGAUAUAAGUAUUUUAACCCCAUCUUCAGGUGGAAAGAAAAAAAAAGAACUAACAGAAGAAAUGAAACAGAAAAAGAGUGAAUUAGCCAUACAAAGAAGAAAUAAGAAAAUUGAAGAAGAUGAAACAAUGAUGAGAGAUGUUGUCAAUCAAUUGUUUUAUAGAAAAGCUGCAACAAAAGAAUCCAAUAUAGAAGAAGAAAAAAAACCCUCAAGACAUGACUUAUAUAUAAAAGAUAACAAAGGUAAUACAAUAUGUUAUAAAGAUACACCUGAAGAAGGAAAAACUAUAUCAUACCCAAUGGGACAUCCAAUGAUUGAAACUAUUGAAAAAGAUAUAAAUAUUUCUAAAAUACAACAACAACAACCCCAAAAACCUAUACCUAUUAAAUGUGCUGUUGAAAAUUGUAAUAGAAAUAAAAGAUACAAUUGUCCAAAAAACAAUUUACCAGUUUGUACGAUGGAAUGUUAUAAAAAAAUAAUGAACCAAGAAAAACAAUAA